AUGCCAAGAAGUGUCAGUGACUCAAGCCUUGCGCGAGAUCCAUACCUACUGGAAUAUUAUAAGAGAAACUACUCGUUUGCCUCAAAUUCGGACAAGAAUAAAAAGAAGACAGAGGGAAAAACUUGCUGUGGACACCGAUCUUGUCAUUUGGACCGUUUUAAUCUGCUCAGCAAUGCAAAGACCGUUCCCGUGAGACCAUUUACACUGUACAAAGUGCUCGUUACCACUGCAGAUGUGUCCAACGCUGGUACAUCAGCCAAUAUAUAUAUUACACUAAAAGGAGAUUGGGGCGCAUCUAUCCGUCAGAAAUUAAAAAAAUUGCGCAAUAAACCAUGUAAAAAUAAAAGAUUCAAAUUCGAAGCCGGAUCGACACACACAUUUUACGUUGUUUCACCGGACCUCGGUAACAUAAAGUCCGUGGUCAUUGAGCACGACAGCACUCGUAUAGAAGACGGAUGGUUACUUGAAUGCAUACAAAUUCUUCAUCCGCUUACAAAACGUCGUUACAUGUUCCUUUGUAAUCACUGGCUUUCGUUGUACAAGGAGGACGGUCUCCUCACUCGUGAACUCUAUGGGGUACGGAGCACCAAAACGAAAUACUCUAUCGUUGUAGUGACGGGAGAUUGUGAGGCGGCAGGCACGGACAGCAACGUAUACAUUAAACUGUUCGGUCGUACCGGAAUCACACCCCGUAUUCAACUUGCCCAGGAUCAGUCUCAGAGCAAUCACAGUGUCUACUUCUCUCCGUUCGCGCGCGGUAUGAGCUCCAAGUUCAUUGUGAACGCACCCAGUGUGGGCGCGAUGACCCAUGUACGUAUCAGUCAAAAUGGUCGGGGCGAAUAUCCGCACUGGUUUCUCGAACGGAUUGUGGUGACCGAUUUGUCCCACCCAAAAUGGACGUACUAUUUCCACUGUUCCCUUUGGCUUUCACCAAGCUACGCGGAUGGAAAGCUCUUUAGAAUGAUACGAGGUGCAAGGGAACCAACCGGAACCGGUGUCGAAACUGAAUACCAACUGACAUUUUACACUGGCGAUCGACCCGAGGCUACCACAUCUGCCGAUGUAUUUGUUCAGUUCCACGGGGAAAGUGGAAUCAGUCGAGAGAUUUGGUUAAACGAUGCACCAUGGCAACGACCUACUACAGCUCAGUCACACAGUCCAAUUCGCUUCAGUCGUGGAUCGUGUGUCCAAGUGCGACUCCCACCUUGUCAACAAUAUGGACCCCUAAAACAACUCACCGUUGGUCACAAUCGACGUGGUUCAUCUCCCAAAUGGUAUUUGGAGAAAGUAAGAGAUUUAUCGGAAAGUUGA